GGGGGCUCACGGGGGCUUGAGGUGUCCGGUCUGGACAGCUGUCGGGACCUGCCAAGCACUGUGCCUGGUGAUCUCCUGCUGGCCUUGUGCCAGUCCAUGGGGAGGAGCCGUCCACCAGGCAACGUGGGCGGGUGUUGAGGGAGGCCCGCGACCGCAUGGCUGGCCCCCUUGUGUCUGAGCCCCCAUGGUUUCCUCUGCCUCUAGGCUAUGCCCACUGGAAGGGCCAAGUGCUGAAUUCAGAUGAGCUGCAGGAGUUGUACGAAGGCCUGAAGCUGAACAACGUGAAUAAAUAUGACUACGUGCUCACAGGUUAUACGAGGGACAAGUCGUUCCUGGCCAUGGUGGUGGACAUUGUGCGGGAGCUGAAACAGCAGAACCCCAGGCUGGUAUAUGUGUGUGAUCCAGUCUUGGGUGACAAGUGGGAUGGCGAAGGCUCGAUGUAUGUCCCGGAGGACCUCCUUCCCGUCUACAAAGAAAAAGUGGUGCCGGUUGCAGACAUUAUCACGCCCAACCAGUUUGAGGCCGAGUUACUGAGUGGCCGUAAGAUCCACAGCCAGGAGGAAGCCUUGGCGGUGAUGGACAUGCUGCACUCUAUGGGCCCUGACACCGUGGUCAUCACCAGCUCCGACCUGCCCUCCCCGCAGGGCAGCGACUACCUGAUUGUCCUGGGGAGCCAGAGGAGGAGGAAUCCCGCUGGCUCCAUGGUGAUGGAACGCAUCCGGAUGGACAUUCGCAAGGUGGACGCUGUCUUUGUGGGCACUGGGGACCUGUUUGCUGCCAUGCUUCUGGCGUGGACACACAAGCACCCCAAUAACCUCAAGGUGGCCUGUGAGAAGACCGUGUCUGCCUUGCACCACGUUCUGCAGAGGACCAUCCAGUGUGCAAAAGCCCAGACCGGGGAAGGAGUGAAGCCCAGCCCCAUGCAGCUGGAGCUGCGGAUGGUGCAGAGCAAAAGGGAUAUCGAGGACCCAGAGAUCGUCGUCCAGGCCACGGUGCUGUGAGGGCCGCGCCGCUCACCCGUGACGCGCAGCGCGUUGGUGUCUCCAUGUUUGUCCCUGUGAAAACAUGUAACGUCUGCCUUAGAGCCAUGACCGAAACUUGAUAUUUUUUUCUUUCAUGAGUGUCUGGCAUCUGCUGGUCUUCAUUGUGAAAUGUGCCAGUCGUGCUUUGUGAAAACAACAAAGCGGUCACAGAAAUUUGUGAUCUGAAAA